AUGGCAAAGAUAGACACCCCUGUCCAGCUGACCAGGGACCUGAAAGAUGUGGUCUCAGCCAUUGUCCAGGGCUACAGGUGUGGGCAGCAGCCUGUGACAGACACCAGCGCAGAACUGCACAGACUUUGUGGCUGUCUGGAGCAGCUGCUGCAGUUUGAGCAGAAAGAGCAGAAACGCAUCCUGAGAGCUCCGAGAGGGUACUGGGAUUUCUUCUGCAUGGCGCUGAGUCAGCAGCGGGGAGACACAGAAUCCGUCUGCUUCGUCCACUCCCAGAACAAGCUGCAGACCCCACUAGGGAAGGGCCGUGCCUUCAUCCGCUUCUGCCUGGUCCAUGGACAGCUGGCAGAGUCUCUGCAGCUCUGUCUCCUGGACUCCAAGUUCACCAGAGAAUGGUAUGGCCCCCGGAGCCCUUUGCUGUGUCCCAAACUCCAAGAAGACCUCCUGGAUUCGCUCUAUGCUCUCAAUGCGGUGACUUUCAACUUGGACCUGCAGCGGGCAGACCUGGAUGAGGCUUGGCCCAUGUUCUCAGAGUCUUACUACUCAAGUCACAACCCAGGAAGAAGACCCAGAAGGACCAAAGAGUCUCCAAAGGAGCCUUCCGUUUUAUGUGGGAGUUCUGAAAGCAUCCAGCCAGCAGAGUCACAGACCAAUCAGACCGACUAUCUGCAGGAAACCCCCAGUGAAGACCUCUUGGCUGCAUUCUCCAGCUCCCAGCAUCUCAUGUCUCAAGACCCCUCUUCGGGAAAGAAGAGCAAAGAUUCCAAGAGCUUCACCCCAACAUCGCACCUGAAGGAAGCAGAUGGGGAACGACUUCAACGAGACUCGGGAUCUCCCAAAAGGGGAAUCUGCUUGGAAAACUCAAUGCCUAGCAAUGAGAAACAGGAUAUGGGGGUCCUGGGGGCUCUGACAUGCACCACAGUAGCAGAGGUUGGGAGCACAGGGGUUCUGCCUGGCACAGAGGGUGGGACAAAGGCAGAGAAGGCUGGUAUCGAGAGGCUGCUGGCUUCAAGUCCCAGAGGGACCAUAGGAGACACAGUGGGAGGAAUCUGGCAAGAGUGGGAGGUGCCUAGUAUUUCAGGGGAACCCCGAGUCCUUCAGAGCCUGAAAACAAGCAAAGAUUUCAUCACAGAGAAGUCACAGGAGCCAGCAGGAGUGGCCAAGGGGACAAGGAAGGAAGAGCCAGCUGCAGUGGCCUUACAGGCUAAGGCAGAGCCCCCAGGCCUCAGGACCCCAAAUAAGAUACAUCCCCUUGAGCAGCUGCUGGAGGAGCGGGAGGAGCAGCUGAAGGUUCUUCAGGAGCAACUCCAAAGGUGUCAGGAAGAGAAGGCCCAGCUACAGGCCCAGCUGCAGCGAGAACACCAGGAGGCCGAGAGGAGAGAUGCUGUAUUUGAGGAGGAGCUGGGACGGCAGCAGGACCUGGUGCGCACCAUGAAGAGGCGGGUCUUGGAGCUGAUUCAAGAGAAGGACUCCCUGUGGCAGAAGACACAGCAGCUUUCUUCCACAGCCCCUGGAUGCUGUGUCGGCUGCAGCAAGAUCUUCGGCCGGCUGUCCCGGCGCUAUCCCUGCAGGCUGUGUGGAAGCCUAGUGUGUCAUGCCUGCUCUGUGGAUUACAAGAAACAAGCCUGCCGCUGCCCGCCCUGCAUCCAGAAAGGGGACACCCAAGCCCACUGA